AUGACUUCGAACAACCAUAUCUACAAAGUACCACCGCCGUGGCCUGGACACAGAGUUGAUACAACCCAGCAGCAGCAGCAGCAGCAGCAACCACAGCAUAAUAUGUACGGCCAGCAGCAACAGCAGUACCUGGGGCAGGGGCAGAUGGGUGGGAUUCAGUCUGGAACUGCAACCGGGGUACCAAGCUACACUAGUGGAUACCCCCCACAACAGACCCCCUACCAUAAUGCGCAAUACCAGCAAUACCCUCCGCAACAACCUUACACCCAGCAGCACUCGCCAUACCAGCAGCAGCACCACCAACCACCACCCCCGCCUCCCCCACCCCCGCAAAGCUGGGGUCAACAGCAGCAGCCCCAGCAGCAAUGGCAGCCGCAAGGCCCACCGGUCCCACCAAGACCUUCGAGCGUAGUCUACAAUCCCCUGAAUAAUAACUACAACAGCAACCCCGGCUCAUCCUAUAGCCCCUCUCCAUACGGACAGUCCUCUACUCCGCAACAGGCUCCCCCACCCCCGCCGCCACCACCACCACCGCCGCCGCCUCCCCCUGUGGACACUUCAUACGGACAGCAGUACCAGAACGAGGGCAAAUAUCCACCAUCGGCGACUGGUCAAAUUCAUCAGAGUCAAGGCCAUGGGUGGGGAUCUACGCCUCAGCAGCAAUAUUCACAGCCCCAGAAUCAAGGUCAUCAUGGAUAUUACGAUGGAGGUAUCACCACCGGUGGUUAUGGGCAAGGUGAGACAUCGAGCCCGGCCGGUGAUCAUUCAGGUUAUGUUGCACCUUCGUUGGCUUCGAACACUUCGAGUAGUUACCAAGCGGGCAGUAUAAAUCCUACAGCUGGCGCCUACCCCUCUUCAACUACAGUUCCGGCCUGGGGUGCCACCCAAGAACCGGAACAGAAGAAGCCGUUCACUUAUACACCUCCGGUUCUCCACCCCGACUAUGCAGCUCCCACCACAGGCCAAUAUACAGAUACGCAGACGCAGCCGCAGCAACAACACCAGUACCAGUAUCAAGACACGCAACAGUACAAUUCCAGCGAUCAUCAGCAGCAGUACCAACAAGACCAUAACACGCAAAGACCAGCCCAAGCCUCAAGCCAAAAUGAUCAAGGAAACUACUGGCCUCAAAACCAAGGCGAAUACCAGCAACCCCAGCAACAGUCCCAGCAAUUCCAGAAUGCACAAUCGGGAUCUAACUGGACUAGCGGAUCACAAUAUAAUCAGCCGCUCUCAAAUGCCACACCACCGCCCGCUGCUGCCCCAACCCAGCCUGGUGCAUCUGCAUAUCUUGAGCAUCUAAACCAGCAGCAACAGCAGCAGAACCAAGCGGCACCCGUCACCGGCUCGCCUGCGUCCGCGAAAAGGAAAGAUACCUUCCACGGGAUCCAGCCUGAGCCGCUAUUUACGAAGCCCAAGCCGCCGGCGAAGACGAAAACAUUCGCGGGCGCUCCAGGAAGCUGGGAGCAUUACGGUGGUAACAGCGAAGAUGCCAACAUUGUGGUCAGCAGGCCGAUCUCACCUGUCGAUGUGCACCAUCCGAAGCCGGUGAAGCCGCACAGUCCAGUAGAGAUAGCAACAGGCAGCGGUAGAUGGAACAAUACCGAGGGGUAUAACUCUACGCCGCCACCACCACCUCCGGCGAAAGCCUAUACUACUGGCCCUGAUGCGAAGCAUCCGCAAGGUCCCGGAAAUGCAUUUCAACAUGCCCAGCUGUUUGGCAGCAGGCCCGGCAGCAGACCCGGCAGUGGCUUCCAGGGACAUGGUGGGUUCCAGAGGCCGUCGAGUGGGGCAGGUGGGAGGAAGGGUACCGGAACACCUAGUGCUCAUAAGACUAGUGUUGUGCCGCCCCCAACCCAGACGUCGGAUUAUGCGUAUAAGGACUCGAAAGCUGGCUGGUCGGAGUCUCCAGCAGGCGGUGCGCCGGUGCCGGCGUUCGAGGAAUUGAAAGAGUUGGAACAAAAACAGAGCUGGCCACAACAGCAAUCGCAUGAUACUCAGGCGUGGUCGCAACAACAGCAGCAGGUACAACAUCAAGAUAGCCAAACCUGGACUCAGGAGCAGCCGCCUCAAGAUCAAUAUCAGCACGCGCAGAAUAACGGAAAUGGACAGCACUGGCCUCAAGAUAGUCAGACGCAACAAAAGCAGGGCGACAAUCAGCAAUGGACCGCACAAAACCACCCUCCAACUACUGUCUCGCAGGGGCACAAGCCUCAGCAUUUGCAAAUUGAAGAUCCUAAAGUUAGUAUUAAUGUUCCGGGGGGAUGGCCUCAGUCGUAUACUCCUACUCCGGGGGAGGAAACGAAUAUUCCUGGAGGCUGGCCGCAGCUAACAGAGGAACAGCACCAGCCGCAACUACCAAUCCAGUCUCAAGAUCACUCCGAGGCCUCAGGCCCACCUAGGACGGUGGGAGGUGGAACGCCAGCACUGUCGGAUGCCACAGUCCUCACCCCCGCGACAUCGGUGACCAUGACUCAGCCACCUAGCCACGAGCAGCAGGAGCCCGACCCACUUCGUAAUUUGGAACCAUUCUAUCAAGACUCCGUUCAGCGCUACAUUGUCAUGAUCAAAGCAGAGGCUGCCGCAACGAGGGACGAGGAGAAGUUGAGGGUUUUUACCGACUUCAUGGAACACGAGUACUAUGUCCGUGGUCAGCGGUAUCCUCUCGCCCUUGGUGAACCGCCCAGCCGGCAGAGCAGCGUAUAUGGAAGGUUGCCCCAAUAUGGUGGGCGAGAUGAGGAAAGGGACUCGAAGGAAAAACUUGGAUUGUUGCCGGAAGGCGCACUUGGGCCAACGCAGAGGUCUAGAAGCAAUUCCUCUGCAGUGCCACCCGCGGAGAUUAUACUUCCAGUCCCAUCGGAGCAUAUCGAGAUGGCCGCACCACAUACCCAAUGGACGCCGGAAAAGCCUAAGACACCUGUAUCAUACGUUGAAACCAAGCCGCCUUCCCCGAAACCAAUGCAUAAGCCAGUAACCUUGGAGGAUCCGCCAAUAUCACCCGAGCCGCUGGUCAUUCGGAAGCGGCCCGAAUCGAUGGUUGCCCAAAGUCUGAACAAGGGACAUGCCGCUUUCAACGAAGAGCCUGUUUCACCACCGUCGGCGCAGAAGAAUGAGUACAAGGCUUUCAAUCCUGCAUCGCCGACUUCGCCGACCAGGUUCUCCUCCGGAGCUAGCGAGAGUCAAUAUGUUCCUUUCAACGGUACCGAAACCAGAGCUGCGUCGCCGCCGAAGCAGACACAAGAGUCAACGGGCAUUUACAAACCAUACAAUCCGGUUGUGCAGGGUGGCAGGAACUCGUCGCCAGCUCCCGGCGGAAGCGAGUUUGUCGCGUAUGACCCGAAGAGAGCGUCAACCUUCAUGGCCGGUGGUCCGGGCCAGCAACAACCAAAGCGCAAUUCUAUGGGCCCUGGUUAUCCUCUAUCGAGAUCCGAGACGAUGGUGGAUAGUCCUACUAGCCAAGGGGGAUCUCAUCCCUUCGGUCCGUUAAAGGGUGCUAAGACCUCUAUCGAUGGAUACCAGCUGUAUUCUCAGGAUGCGUACCCCCCCAGCUCUGGUGGGAGCUCGACCAUCUUUUCAACUCCGGGUGGUGGAGAUGAGGUGUUGGAUAAGAAGAGACAGAGCUAUUUCCCCGCUGCGUCAGCCCCAAAUCCGGCUCUGGAUACGCUUUCGGCGGUGUUGCCGGCGAGUCGUGCUCCGAGGAGCAAGGAGACGAAGGUCAUGGAUGAUGUGAGGCAGACAAUCGAUAGUAUCGGUGAAGACUUUAGCUUCAUCGAGGACAUCAACCGUGCCUACGCCGAAUCUGCGAAGAAGCGUCGGAGAAAGUUGGAUGAGGAGCGACGGGCGAGACAGGAGCAGCAUGAGCAAGUCACGGAUGAGCUGUUUGCAGAUCAGCAGAUUGGGUAUGGGGAUAUCAAGGAAAUGGAAGGCGAGUUCAAGGCGAAAGAGGCGAGGAAGGAGGCCAAGGAGGAAGAGGACGAGUAUGAAAUAUACUGCACGGAGGUGUUUUCGAAGGUCUAUGAUAAGAUCCAGGAGGGCAUUACCGGUCUCAUGGAGAAAUAUUACGAGAUUCAAUCGAGAGUCCCGACCACGGUCGCCGGCAAGGAUAGAUGGGUUUCGUCUGACAGUGUUGAGCUGACGGAGUUGAUGGAGGGCUUGCUGGAGUUGAGUAAGUUUAUUGAGACCAGGCAUGGGAAGGUCCAGUCUGCUAUUCUCGAACGGGAUAAGAAGUUCAAGAAGACGGUCAUCCAGCCGUUGUAUGCAAGUGGGAACAUCGGUAAAAUGAAGAGCAUGGAGAAGCACUUUGAGGAGAGCGAGAAGAAAGCUGUUCUGGAAGCGGCCCAAGCGAAACACGGGCGCACACAGCAGCUCAUGAACACCAUCGAGGAAAGUAUCGAGCGCGGGCUCGACGCGGAACUCAACUACACCGAUGAGAUCACUGCCGCCGUCACAGCACUCGUCAACACCCUCCCCUCCCCCGGCAGCGACACGGCCCUGACCAAGCGAGAAAUCGCCUGCGCGUACGACACGCUCAAGGACCUCAAGGAAACAUCAAUCAAGUUCAUGAAGGUGUUCCACGCUGCCUCGCUCCUCAUCAACGAGUCGUCAAACCAGGUCAACCUCGCAGAAGCACAUCUUGCCGGCUCGCCGAAAGAGGUCGUUGAAGCCGUUGCGGGCGAGAAGGGCACGGCGGACGAAGAGACCAACAAGGAGCUGACGGAGCGCAUCGCCGUCGUCGAGGGCGACUUCGACAUCGUGGAUAAAGCGGUCAAGGAGGCGUACAAGAAGCUGGAAGAGCAGGCUGAAAUCGAGGAGUCGAGUGGUAGUGCUGGUGGCGGCGUGUCGAUUGGAAGGAUCUCGACCCCGGCUGGAAGAGUCGCGUCGCCGGCUGUGGGUAGGACUGGGUCGCCGGCUGUUGCGGUUGGUAGAACGGGUUCGCCGGCUGUUGGGAGAGUCGGGUCGCCGGCGGGAGGGAGGGUUGGGUCGCCGGUGGUGGGACCGGGACCGGGGCCGGGGCCGGGGAAGAUGGGGAUGACGCCGCUGGAGAGGGCGAAGAUGAGGAAUACGGGGUCGGGAGGGAGCUCGCCGUAUGGGAGCACGCCGUAUGGAUAUUAG